AUGUUGUCUCCGGAGGAAAAUGAGGAGAAAGGAGGCGAAGCAACAUCACGUCUCGAGUCAAAGAAAGCAGAAAAGACAUCCACAUCGCCACUUGGGCAAAGUGAAGCGGAUGAGAAAGCGCUAGGUCCCCAGCAAACGCCAACCUCAGAUGCUCUGCCAGACGUUCCUGAUGGAGGAUGGAGAGCAUGGCUGGUCGCUAUUGGUGCUGCAACAACGCUCUUCGCCAGCUUUGGAAUUGCAAACAGCUACGGAGUGUUCCAAAAUUACUACAAUUCCAAUCGAUUAACGCACGAGACGGAUUCGGUCGUGGCAUUGAUCGGUGCGAUCCAACUGUUCCUGCUGUACGGAUUUGGACCCUUGGUUGGCAAAAUCUUCGACAGCUACGGCGUCGGUGUUCUCAUGCCUCUUGGAUCCUUCUGCAUCAUCUUUAGCACUUUCAUGCUCUCCAUCACUCAAGCCGAUCAGACCUACCAGUACUUUCUGACACAAGGUCUUUUGUUCGGUCUUGGCAACGCGAUGGUGUUCACGCCGGCUCUCGCGGUGCUAACGCAUUGGUUCAGAAAAAAGAGAGCAUACGCACUGGGAGUCGUUGCGGCUGGAUCUAGUCUCGGAGGCGUCAUCUUUCCCAUCAUCCUGCAAAGGCUUCUGGCGGAGAAGGGAUUCGGCUGGGCCGUCAGAGCGUGCGCAUUCAUCGCUCUGGGAUGUCUCACCUUCUCAUGCCUCACCAUGAAGACUCGCUUGCCUCUAAGACCUCAGCCUAUGUCCUCCUUCCUCAAAUUCAUCGACGUUGGUGGUUUCAAGGACAUUCGCUUCUGUCUGGCAACGGCAUCCGCAUUCUGCGUCUUCUACGGACUCUUUAAUCCCUUCUUUUUCAUACAACAAUACGCCCAGCUUCAAGGUGUGAACUCCAACCUCGCGCAGUACUUGUUGCCCAUCAUCAACGCCUGCGGUAUUCCCGCUCGAAUCAUUCCGGGCAUCAUGGCGGACAGGGUGGGAGUUUUGAACAUGCUCGUGCCGCUCAUCACAGCCUCUGGAGUGCUUGUGCUGGCAUUAUGGCUGCCGUCCAAAGGGGAGGGAGCAAUUGUAGCCUUUGCAGCAUUGUACGGUCUGCUCUCCGGAGGUUUCGUCUCCCUCUUGCCCGCCUACAUCGCUCGCAUAUCGCCCCAGUCCCACUACGGUGCGAGGCUGGGUGCAGUCUAUUCCGUCGUGGCCAUCGCAAAUCUGGUCGGCACACCUACUGCCGGAGCUUUCCUAAAGGGCGAGCCAACGCAGCAAAAGUUCUCUCACCUUAUCGGAUUCACAGGGGCAAUCGUGCUUGCAGGUGCUCUGUGCGCUGCUGGCGCGUAUGCCAUCGAGGUGCGUGAUGCUAUGCGGAGAAGGAGAGAUUCAACAAAUCCGCAGCCUGAGCGAGGCUUUCGGCUCCUCAAGAUAUAG